CUCAGCACAAACACAAAACACAAGAAGCAAAACAAAUCUUCUCUCUCAUCUCUCAUCUCUCUUUCAAAUGAAAAACUAAUAUCUUUGAAAAGCAUUGAGCAUUAAAGGCUAUGGCUUUUCUUAUCCCCAAUCUCCAACCUUCUCUCCUAGCUCAAUCCAAAUCCAAAGAUAAACCCCUUAACCAAACUCUUUCACAACCAAAACCCACUUCUCAGUUUCCUAUCUCUUCAACCCUCCAAACUUCCACUGCACAAGUUGCACAGGUCAACACACCACCAAUUGCUAAAGAUAAGCAGCAACACCAGCACCCAAAAGAUGAAUUCUAUGUCAACCUUGGCCUUGCUGUGAGGACCCUUCGCGAGGACCUACCUUUAAUCUUCAGCAAAGACCUCAAUUAUGAAAUUUACAGGGAUGAUAUAACAUUCAUGGACCCCUUGAACACAUUCACUGGGAUUGAAAAGUACAAAUUGAUUUUCUGGGCAUUGAGGUUUCAUGGGAAAAUCUUGUUUCGUGAGAUUGAAUUUGAUGUAUAUAGGGUGUGGCAACCUUCAGAGAAUGUGAUAUUGAUUAGGUGGAAUCUUAGGGGUGUGCCAAGAGUUCCUUGGGAGACUAAAGGAGAAUUUCAGGGUACCUCAAGGUAUAAAUUGGACAGAAGUGGAAAAAUUUAUGAACACAAAGUUGAUAACUUGGCAUUCAAUUUUCCACAGAAUAUCAAACCAGUUUCAGUUUUGGAUUUGGUUACUGCAUGCCCUGCAAGUCCAAAUCCUACAUUCUUGUGGGGACCUGUGGAUGCUUACUCUUCUUCAUGGAUAACUUUUUACCGGGCAGUUAAGGAAACAUUGGAUCAAGAAGGGAGUUUGAUACCACAAGAUGGUCUAGCUACAUGUUCAUAGCUAUGAGCUAUUAUCUAGUGAACUGUUUCAUAGGUUAUGUAUACUAUAGAAUUCAAUAGGUUAGGUAUAAUGAAUAUGUUUCAUAGCAUAAAAUGCUUUCUCUUGAAGGACAAGAGUUUAUAUAGAUAGGCAGGGAUUUGGAAGAGUUCAACUUGUUCACUGUUGGAGGAAAUGGAGAUUCCUAUGUUUGGCAGAUGGCAUAUAUCUAAAUGCAGUCAUCUUUUAAAGUUAAAUUUAAUAAUUUAGAUUUUCUUUGAUUCUGUUACAGAAUUGAUCUUAUAAUUUUUUCUCAUAUAAUUGUUGAACCAUAUGGAUCACAACUGUUUAAACUUUUAUGUGAACAUUCUAUAAUCUCUUUCAGAGUUGUAAUAAUUUUA